AAACAAAUCAAGUUUACCAGUGGUGCAGAAAUGUACAAAUAUAAAUAAUUGUAUAAAGUCUUGUAAUUCUUAACCAUUGCAGUUGGAGCUUCGAUUUCUGGAUUUCUAAAAAGAUAUUAAAGUGACGCAAGCCUGUUGUCUCAUGAUCUCAUAAGAUGUGGCGUGUGCUGCUGGCUCUGGGGGCCGCGUGCACCGCCGCGCUCGCCUCGCAGGACGUGGUACGCUACUUCACCGAUCCGGUGCUGACGCCAACCUCUCUCUUCAACCACCUGGUCGUCGAUCGCAACACGGGGCGAGUCUACGUCGGCGCCGUCAACAAAAUUUAUCAGCUCUCUCCCGACCUGGAGGUUGCCCAGUCGAUCGUCACGGGACCCGUCAAUGACUCUGCUAUCUGCACCUUCGACUGUCCCCCGUCAUAUGUGAAGAAACCUACGGACAAUGUGAACAAAGCUCUCGUGAUAGACUACGCUACUAGUCGUCUUAUAUCGUGCGGUUCAGUGAUGCAAGGAUUGUGUUCAGUGCGGAAUUUAAAUAACGUUUCUCACGAUGUACACGAAAUUCGAGAACCAGUGGUGGCGAAUAAUGCGACGGCUUCAACUGUGGCGUUCAUCGCUCCUGGUCCUCCAAAUCCACCUAUGACGCAAGUUAUGUAUGUAGGCGUCACAUUUACAGGCACCUCACCCAAUCGGUCUGAUAUUCCUAUUGUGAGCAGCCGAUCACUAGAGGAUGAACGGUUGUUUAUGAUAGCUAGAACGGCUGAUCCAACUGGAACUAGGAUGUAUAUAAAUUCGCUCUAUCGUGAACGUUAUCCUAUUAACUAUGUGUACGGGUUCAGUUCUGAGGGAUUCAGCUAUUUCUUAACCACUCAGUUAAAAGCCGUGGGAUCUGAUACAUAUUAUAGCAAGUUAGUACGUAUUUGCCAUGACGAUGCGAACUAUUAUUCUUAUACUGAAAUUCCGAUUUCAUGUGCAGGAGAAGAUGGUAAAAGAUAUGGUUAUAACCUAGUUCAGGCAGCUUUUGUUGGGAAACCAGGAUCAAGUCUUGCAAGACAACUUGGAAUAACUGCACAACAUGACGUUUUAUUUGCCGCUUUCAGUCGCAGUGAAACUAUGAACACAUAUACGCCUACAGAUUCAUCAGCAUUAUGUGUGUACUCUCUAAAAACCAUUCGUAGAAAAUUUAUGCAGAAUAUUAAAACAUGCUUUAGUGGUAACGGCUCUCGAGGUCUCGAUUUUAUAUCUCCAUCCCAUCCUUGUAUUAGCACAAAAUUGCAAUCUAUUAGCGAAGACUUCUGUGGUUUGGACGUAAAUACUCCCCUUGGCGGUGAACAGCCCGUAGAAGCUGUGCCGGUAGCUACAUUUAAAAAGAGGCUAACAGCUGUGGCUGCUACAGCUACUGGAGAUUACACUGUUGUUUUUGCGGGAACAUCUCAAGGACAUUUAAAGAAAAUAGUCGUAGAGAAUGCCACUCUAGCAUUUAAAUAUGGAGAUAUUGUGGUGGACGAAGGAUCGCCAGUUAAUAAGGACUUAUUCUUUGAUACUCAAUUAAAGCAUUUGUAUGUUAUGACUGAACGCAAGUUAUCAAAGGUGAAAGUACAAGAAUGUAGCAUCCAUAAAUCAUUUUUAACUUGUCACGAAACACAAGACCCAUAUUGUGGAUGGUGCACUCUAGAAAAUAAGUGCAGUUUACUAUCGGACUGUGAGGAUACAUAUAAUGAUGACUUAUAUCGGCAUUCAUAUCGUAGUGAGCAUUUAACCACAAUUACGCAAGUAAUACCAAAUCAAUUACAACGAACAACAACUACAAAUUUAGACCUAAUGAUUCAAAAUUUACCCACUAUUAAUGGACAAUUCUUAUGUGCAUUUACAGCUUUAGGUCGUACAAUAGUUACUAAUGCUACUAGAAAACAUUAUGGAUUUACUUGUACAACUCCACGCACCGACACUCUCCCACGGAUUCCUGAUGGUCAACAUCACUUCACAGCUAAAUUAUCAGUGCGGACUACACAGGAACCUGAUUUUGUAGCUACAAAUUUUACGUUUUUUGAUUGUAACACAUACAGCUCGUGUACGCAGUGCGUUAGUUCCUUGUUUCCCUGUGACUGGUGCGUCGACGGCCAUCGAUGCACCCAUGACACUGCUGGAAAUUGUAGAAAUGAUAUUUUAAUUAUUGGCGUCAACAGGAUAGGUCCCAGUUAUCGUUUUGGUCCUAGUUUCUGUCCCACUAUAAACUCGACGUCAGAUGGUACAAAUGAAAUUUUGGUCCCGUCCGGGGUCAAGAAGGCUAUUAAAGUUAAGGUACAUAUUAUUGGACAAUUUAUUGUUCAAACUAGGUUCGUUUGUCAAUUCAAUAUAGAGGGUCACGUUAGUCAUGUCAAUGCUCAACUACUAGCGGAUACUAUUUAUUGCGAACCCGUUAAAUUUACAUAUACCUCGCGAGCUCCAAAUAUUACUGUGCCGUUCGCUGUUAUAUGGGGAGGUUCAAAACCUUUAGACAAUCCUAGUAACACUCAUAUACUUAUAUAUCGCUGUAAUGAUAUGGCUAAUAACUGUGGUUUGUGUCUGACUUUACCAGAAAAGUUUGGAUGUGGUUGGUGCCAAGGGUCGGAUCGCUGUGAAGUCCAGAAGCAAUGCACUGUUCCGAGCGUUUGGUUAAAUCGUAUCCAAACUUGUCCCAAUAUUCAGAUAUAUUCCUUCCAACCAGAGUUCGGUCCUUGGGAUGGGGGUACUAACAUAACCAUUAAGGGUAUCAAUUUAGGUCGCAAUAUUUCUGAUAUCUACAACGGUGUUACUAUAGCGGGCAUCAAGUGUACGCCUAUAAUAGAAUUAUACGUAAAAACUAGGCGUAUCGUUUGUACUAUUGACGGUUUCGGUGAGAAGUUGCCUCACGACGGUCCUGUUGUUGUUCGAGUUGCCAAUUAUCGUGGAGUAUCUGAACGCCAUUAUUCUUUUGUAAAUCCGAAAAUCAAUUCUAUUCAACCUAAAUCUGGUCCACUAGCUGGUGGAACAAUACUGCAUGUCAAAGGCGAAUAUCUCAAUGCAGGGAGUAAUAUUCAGGCUUAUAUCGAUGAUUUACCAUGUCAUAUUUUAAACGUAUCUAAUGAGUUAGCCGUUUGUAGAACAAGUCGUUCAUAUCGACUCAAGACUGGUACAUUACGGAUGCAUUUUGACACAGGGGUACGUACUUUAGAGCGAGAAAAGUUUGAAUACAUUGAAGAUCCCGUAAUUGAUGCUGUCGAAUCUGGGACAUUUUCACGGGACGAAAACAGUACUUCAUCAGAAGACAUAAAAAUGAAGAACGAUUUAAAUUGUAACAUUACUGCUGAACAGAAAGUCAAGAUAAGCGACAACCCAGACAACCCUGAUCAGGGACCGUCACCAAUUACUGAUUAGCAGUGUUAAUCCAUAAUAUUGUAAUUUGCUUAA